UCGGGGAGGUGCGUUUGCCUUUCAGUCCGAUAUCAGGAGCGGUCCUUCGCAGUAGUCAAACGUCUCGAGGAUUACAAACCCCUUAAAGGAGCAGGGACGGGAGUCGUUUCCUCUCGCGGUUGUGACAUUCCGAUUGUAGCUGUUGUGGAACAAUGGAUUAUUUCCUCGAUUAAAGAAACAUCAGACGACUUCAAUCGGCACCAGGAAUUGGAUAAAAAAAAGGGCGAAUUGGGGGAGUUUGUGAUGUAAAUGCCCCCCGGGCCGUUCCCUCCAAUCUCAUCGCCCCCCCCCCGUCCCCCCCGCGACACGGAACAGCCGCGUGGAACGCUGCGAUCUGAUUGGCCGGAGGCACCAGGAGCUGUGGACGAGACCCCGCCUUCCCUUUACAGGACCACUGACUGAAUCUGACCUCUUCUGUGGGGGUCCAACCCCCCCUCCCCCACAAACCCGACUGCUACCACCUCAGCUCCGCCCUACAGCCACGCCCAUCCCCCACCGCCCUAUGAGACUCCGAGGGAAUCUGAGAGCAGCUGUCUGAUUGGACAACGUCACCUUCCAUCACAUCUGACAGACUUGUACAACAGCUGUCUCCGACGAUGUCCUCCUGAAGUCCAGACGAGGACAUCUUUUACUGCCCCCGCCCUUCCCCAUCGCCCUGCCCCCUGCCCCUGGCCCCGCCCCCAUCGGUUACCAUGACGACCACCCCCAGCAUGCAGCCGCUCCUGCUGCUCAGUAUGCUCCUGGCCUCCUGCCUGCUGUCCGGCUGCUCCGUGGCCACGCCCUUUCCCAAGGACCUGGAGCCCAUCAAUGUCGUCACCAGGCAACGGUCCCGCCAGUACCCCGGGUUCCAGGGCCUCACCUCGGACAACGACACGGUGCGGCUGGGCCUGGACUUCCAGAGGAUGCUGCGGGUUAAUCACGUGCUCUACAUCGCCGCCAGGGACCACGUGUUCGCUGUCAAUCUCAGUGCCUCGACAGAGAGGAUCGUUCCACAGCAGAAGCUGACAUGGAAGACGAAAGACGUGGAGAAGUGCAUGGUGCGGGGGAAGAACAGCGAUGAGUGCUACAACUACAUCAAGGUCCUGGUGCCUCGAAAUGACGAGACUCUCUUCGCCUGUGGGACCAACGCCUUCAACCCCACCUGCCGAAACUACAAGAUGUCCACACUGGAGCAGGAGGGGGAGGAGGUGGUGGGCCAGGCACGCUGUCCCUUCGAGUCCCAUCAGUCCAACGUGGGUCUCUUCGCCGGGGGCGAUUUCUACUCGGCCACCAUGACGGACUUCCUGGCGAGCGACGCGGUGAUCUACCGCAGCCUGGGCGAGGGCGGCCCCGUCCUGCGCACCGUCAAGUACGACUCCAAGUGGCUCCGGGAGCCUCGCUUCCUGCACGCGAUAGAGUACGGGAACUACGUCUACUUCUUCCUGAGCGAGAUCGCGGUGGAGUACACCACCCUCGGCAAGGUGGUGUUCUCGCGGGUGGCGCGCGUGUGUAAGAACGAUAACGGCGGCUCGCCGCGGGUCCUGGAGCGCUACUGGACCUCCUUCCUGAAGGCGCGGCUCAACUGCUCCGUCCCCGGCGACUCCUUCUUCUACUUCGACGUGCUGCAGUCGCUGACCAACGUGCUGCAGAUCAACGGCAGGCCCGCCGUCGUGGGCGUGUUCACCACGCAGGCCAACAGCAUCACCGGCUCGGCCGUCUGCGCCUUCUACAUGGACGACAUCGAGGGGGUCUUCAACGGAAAGUUCAAGGAGCAGAGGAGCAGCGAGUCGGCCUGGACGCCGGUACCCGAAGACCAGGUCCCCAAGCCCAGACCGGGCACCUGCGCGGGAGAUGGUCCCGCCUCCUCCUACAAGUCGUCCACCACCUUCCCCGACGACAUGCUGGGCUUCAUCAAGUCCUACCCGCUGAUGGACGAGGCCGUUCCCUCCAUCGGCGACCAGCCCUGCUUCACCCGCACCACCAGCAGGUUCAAGCUGACUCAAAUCGCCGUGGAUACCUCUGCCGGGCCAUAUAGGAACCACACAGUCCUGUUCCUGGGGUCUGAAGACGGCAACGUGCUGAAGGUUCUGGCCAACAACCACCCCAACGCCACCUUCAGCUCCCUGCUGCUGGAGGACAUUGAUGUCUACAACCCCUCCAAGUGUAACGUUAACGGAGAAGACAAGAGGAUUUUGGGAUUGGAGCUGGACAAAGAGAAUCACGCCCUGUUUGUGGCCUUCUCCGGCUGCGUCAUCCGCGUCCCCCUCAGCCGCUGCGCGGACUACGGCGCCUGCAAGGAGUCUUGCCUUGCCUCCCGUGAUCCGUACUGCAUAUGGCUGAAGACGGGCAGCUGUGCAACCAGCGCACCCGGGUUCAAGGCCGGGUUCGAGCAGGCCGUGGAGAGCAGCCAGGCGGAGUACCCUGACAGCUGUCACGAUGUCCUGGCAACCACGAGGAAACAAAAUACAGCUGCCGAUUCUGCCUACGGUGUCCGUCGGCCGCUGGACCCGGACAAGUCCGGCUACAAUGUGCACUACACCCUGCUGAUCGCCUGCGUGCUGGUGGCCUUCGUCCUGGGCGCCUUCCUCUCCGGCUUCCUGGUGUCCUGCUACUGCAGCCGGGGCAGCCACCGGGCCAAGCGGCUGGGCAAGGACGCGGAGGCGCCGCUGCCCCACGCCCUGUCGCUGCGCAGCCUGGCCAAGCUGAACGGCCUGCUGGACCCCCAGGCCAAGGAGGACAAGCUGGAGGUGUCGCCUCCCCCGGGGCUCUACAACUCCUUCAUCCCCAACGGGAAGGAGCUGCCCCACGGCGGGAAGUGCCUGUCCGGGCACGGGGACGACGACCAUCACCACGGCAGCCACCACCACCACCUGUUCCACCACGGCGACCCUCACCACGGCAACCACCACCACCCGCACCACCACGGCGACGGUCACCACGGCAGCCACCACCACGGCGACCUCCACCAGGACUCCCACAACAACUCGGAGGAGCUGUCGGGCCUGCCCACCCCGGAGUCCACCCCCGAGCUGCCGAUCAAGAACAUGAAGGCCUUCCGGAACCAGUGGGAGAGGAACCAGAACUGCAACAACGGCAAGGACUCCAAGCCCGCCGCCACGCCCUCCUCCAACGCCGGCGUGUCCCGGGCCGGCUCCACGGUGUCCCAGCAGGUCUACCCGUUCCCCUCGCACAGCCUGGCCAACGGGCAGCUGCUCUGCGGCGGGGGCCGGGCCUUCCACUCUGAGGAGCGCGGCCACAAGGUCCCGAACGCCGAGCGGGCGCCCUACCAGGGCUACCCGCACACCGUGGUGGACGUCUCCGCCCUGGACGAGCUGCUCCGGCACAUCCAGCUGGCCAACGCCGGCGGCAACGGCAAGGACCUGGCGGUGCUGACCUCCUCCUCCUCCUCUUCCUCGGGGCUGCUGCCCUGCUCGGGGACGCCCGCCUACUCCGCCCGCGGCCAGCCGCAGAUCCCCGACACCGAGUCGGCCCCGUACUACAGCUCCUCCACCCUCCCCCGCGACAGCCUCACCCGCCGCAUGGACGUGCCCCCCGAGGCGCCGCCCCCGCCCCAGUCCACCCUGGAGAGGGCGCCCCGCCACGGCCCCCAGAAGCACGCCCUGGUCAGCGCCUCCAAAAUGUCCAACGGGGGCGUUCUGCUGCCCCGCCAGCACAGCUUCGGGCACCCCCACCACCACCACCACCACCACCGGGCCGCGGGACCGCCCCACCAGACGGGACCCUUGCUGGGGCGCGGGAACCCUUCGGGGCUCCCCCCCGGCGACGGGCCGCUCCACCCCCUCAUCCCGAACGGCUACCUGACCCGCCAGCACAGCUGCAGCGAGCAGAACCCCGCCCAGCGGGUCGCCCUCGUCCGCCGCAGCGCCUCCCUCAAGCCGGACGUCCCGCCCAAACCCCUCUUCCUCCCCGCCACCUCUCCCGUCAGCUCCCAGGGCAAGUACAACUACUGAGGGGGGAGGGGUACAGGGGGAGCCAGCCCCCGCCCAGCCCCCCAGUUCUUACCUCUUCAUCCUCCACCCUAAAGGGCAUAAAGGGGUCAGACCGGCUGGGGAAGAGGACUGCCAAGCUUGCUGUAUUCCAGUUUCUUUCCCCAAAUGCGAAUGCUUCUGUACCACAUUGGUAUUGCAUAGCCAGCCCUUGUCUCUUUGUGGACCUGGGAGGGGAGUAGGUGGGGGUGGGGGGGGGGCAUCCCCCCCCCCCCCCCAACCCUCACUAUGAGACUCUUCGACACUAACAAGAUUCCCACAGGCUCACUUUUUGUGCUGGCGUGUGUGUGCGUAAAUCAGUGUGAUGCUGAUUUCUUCUACGAUGUGUGUGUGUGUGUGUGUGUGUGUGCGCGCGCGCUCGAGUGUCUGCGUGCCAGCUCGUAUGUGUAUUAUCCAUAUAUAUGCAUGUAUGUGUGAGCGCGUGCAUGUGCGUGUACGCUUUGGUUUUCGUACACGCCCUGGACAUGAAAAUACAAUACGGGGAGGUCGGACAAUGUAACUCCUGGGAGAGAGAGAGAGAGAGAGUUGGCCCCUUCUCCCGCCUGAUUGGAUCAUUCGAAGGGAUGCCCUGUGUGCAUUUAUUCACUGACGUUCCUGAUUGGUCCACCUGAUUGGUCUGAGCAAUAACCAAUGAACAUACAGCCCAGGCGUGAUGUCACGGUCUGUUCUGGACGUCUGACGAGGGAUGGCCUCUGUAAACAGAACAGAAUUUGAGCGGGGAAAAAAAAGCAAACUUGUCUUUUCUGUGUAGGAGAACGGGGAAAGGAGGAGCGUAUCGGCCAUAUUGAACCGUUUUGUCAUCCUCAUCUUGAGCCGGGGGGGUGGAGGGGCGGGUCCUGCUUCAUUCGGUAGGAACAGCCUAAAGCUUCCGAAUUACGACCCCUCCUUCAAGUCGAGGAUUCCUUAUAGUUUUUUUUUUUUCCUCUAAUAUUUUGGCUGCUAAGCCGAGGACCCCACAGAAGAGGCGGCUUGGCUCUUGCACGCGUGAAAAUCACUGGCACCCGCAUCCAACGGACGAAUUAAACGGAAGAGAAAAAAAACAAAAAUAAGCAAAGGCGCAAUAUUCCAUGACAAAACUCUCUCCGGACGAGGGGGGAGGGGGGGGAAUUUAUUUUUUAAAUCAGAAAAAAGAGGACCCCUUAAGAUCUGGUUCAUAUUCAGAAGGAGGCCACGUAACUGACAAACCCUCCGUUUUACUGUAGCAAAGAGACAUCUGUUGUUAUAACGACCGUAAUUACGACAUAAUUAACUCUGUGCAUAUAGCUGUAAAUAAGGACAGUGGAACUAAUAACUAGCCAAAAUCUUAAAUGUAUGUGUAAAUGGUGUGCCUUAUUUAAUAUAACGUGCUAUGGAUGAUGUCACAGGGAAAGCGCAGAUGUUAUGAUAAGUGUUUUGUUUUAACUGUUUAGUUUUUUUUUUUUUAUAUAUUUUUCAGUUUGUCGUCAGUGUGUCAGAAAUUUUUUUAUUUGUAGUUUUAUCCCCAGGAAAAUUUUAAUGCCAUCAGAUGACAGGUCAGUAUUACUGUGCGUGCAACCCUCGUACUAGACCCAGCUUGUGUGAUUUUUUGUGUUUUUUAUGUUUUGUUUUGUUUAUUUUAAACUACACUGUACAUUCUGAGUCUCAAUAGCACGUAAGGAAAAGAGGCUUAAACUGAGGACACUGCAACUCUAAGUACAGCAGCGACCAAUUUGCGGCUCUAGAAACGCGCUGGCGUCAUAUGCUCUGCGGCACGGAACCCCCAAACAUUUGUCUUGUCACCAUGACUGUUAUAAAAUGUGACAUCAUUCCUUUGAGCCAGACCAGGAAGGAACACGGAGUGCAUGGUCUCCUUGGUGAUAAACUGUCACUGGCAUGGUUCCCACAUUAAGGGUUAAACUAACAAUAUCUAUUCCGUUCUAAAGUACCCAUGAAUCUCGACUGUCACAACCCGCGAGUCUCUCUCUAUAUACUCCGUCUCGCUACAGUAUCUUGUUUUUUUCCUUUUUUUUUUUUUUGUUUGUGUAAAAUAAAUGUAACAUCUUGUUUGGCUCCGAGCUGUGAGACACAUUGGCGCUAACAGGAAGCUGAGUAUUUAAGCUGUGUGUUGUCGAUCCUCGAGGUUUUAAUGGCUCAUGCAGUUUCGGGAGCGAUUUAGGAGCAGUAGGCUAUAAAACGAAUUUGCUCAGCCCCUGUGGAAGUACCCAGAGAGUAGGAGGGAGGGGGGGGGCAUCAGUCUGUUGCAGUUUAUCUCCAGGAAAUUUGUGAAAUCCCACCAGCCCCCAGCCCCCCCAUCCCCUCCCCCACACAGACCCUAGCAAACCGUUGGCGACUGGUGAAUUUUUUGUUGUGUUUUUCUGCCCCUGCCUCUCCAAUUGGUCCAGAUGCCACACGUGACACAUCUUGACCAAUUGUGAACAAGAUCCUUGGCUUAUGGCCAGAUUGUCUUGAAGAUAUACUGAAGUGAAAAAAUCACAUUUUAUACAUUAAGUUGGAAGCCUCAAAUAGAAAUAGAUGCAGUAUAAAAUAUGCAGGAAAAAAAAGUUCACUGAGUAUAGACAGUUCACUUGUCACCGGGACAACCGUAAUGCCAUCCUUGGGCUAAUGGUGGAACAUGCACCACCUCUUCCAGAACCACUGGCAAGAAACCAAAACCGGCCUGCGGAACACUGAUGAAUAUGAAUGUGACAUCGAUGAGUUUUACAUCAGUGAUUUUACCAUCAGUGAGUUUACCGUUGGUGAGUUUAACAUCAAUGAUUUUACCAUUGGUGAGUUUAACAUCGGUGUGUUUUACAUCAGUGAUUUUACCAUUGGUGAGUUUAACAUUGAUGUGUUUACCAUCGGUGAGUUUAACAUCGGUGAGUGUACCACCGGCAAGUUUAACAUCAGUCAGUUUAACAUUGGUGAGUCUAACAUGGGUCAGUUUUAACAUCAGUCAAAUUAGAAUUAAUUUACGGAAAAGGAAACACUGCUGUUUACUGAUCCCUUUGGAAUUUCCUAUAAUUGCACAGUGUAAAUAAAGAAUAACUUUUUAUGGUGAUUCGGUGUUCUUGUUUUUUUUUUUUUGUUUAUCAUUUUAUUUAAUUUUUGUUUUUUUUUUGUUUUAUGGACUAUGCCUUGGGAGAACUGAGUUUAAUUUGUUGAUGUAAGUCUCUUAUAAUUUAAUAAAUCAAAUAAAAUGAUCAUACAAACAUA